CUGUCGGAAUGAGACCAGUUUCAGCCGGUUUGCAGGAAAGCGAUAAAGCGACUCUUCUUAUCAUAUUAUAUUUAUUUAGUGACAUAAACUUCGGAGUUAAACGAUCAAAAAGCCCGGGUAAUAUUUAUAACAAAAAUAUGGACAGAAUAAAACACCGGAUUAAGGCGGAUAUUCACAGAAAUCUACAGUUUAAAAGAAGUUGAAGAUGUUUAUUGGGGACUUUGAGGACAGGCUUUCAGCAUCAGCACCACUCACCUCUGUCUCAUCGUCCACAUCCGACUCAGCUCCGUCUCAGGUUUCCGCUUCAGCCCGGACAUUCACUUCCAAAUCCAACAAUAAUACUGAAAACUGGGAUAAAACACGGCUCAAAAUUGGUGAGGUUUAAAACAUGGGUGAAACAUGAGGAUGAUUGGUGACCUUUUUUUUUUUUAAAUAGGAUCUCCUUUAGCCUGGCCUUCACCACCUCUGACUCUAGCAGCAAUCACAUUAGGCAUCUCCAUGGGUGGAAACGAAGGAGGAGGACGUGGCUCUGAUCGGUGGAACCUCUUCGGGGUCCGUCCCACUGUGCAGAAAUCCCCCACCGACCCCGGCUCCGAUUCCAAGACCUCGGGAUUCAGUCUUCAGUCGUACUUCGGGCUUCACAAGUCCACCACCCUGGACGGCAUCAAGACCCAGGUGAACCUUGCCGUCGAAGACCCGGCCAACUUCAAGGCUCCCAAGCUGGAGGUGACCGUAGCGGAGGAGAAGAAAGCAUCUGCGCAUAAACUCAAACAUCGUGACAUGAACAUUCUCACUCCGUCGGGCUUCUGACAUCGGCACAUCCCCCUCACCCCCUCUUCUCUUCACUCAGGUCACCUGCACACUCCAGAAAAACCUUCACACACCCCGAUUACAGGCUGUUGGAUGUUUCUGAAACUGUAGCUUUCCGCCAUGGCAGUCGGACACGUUGCCGAUAUUUAUCUCGGGUUCAAGCUGCAGUUUCAGUUUACUGUGAACAUUAUUGUGUUCGGAUAACGGAUGACGUAGGCUACACCACAGCUGUAGAAACACAUCUGUAUUUUUUUUGUUUACUUAUUAUUUGAAUGUAUCAUUUGAUUGUGCUUCAGACAGACCGCAUUAAACAGGGUAUCACAAACCUGCUUUAACAGCACGACUUCCAGCACGUACGAGGACCGUUCUGUAAAUAGUAUCAUGGUAUUUUUUUUUUUUAUUAUUAUUUAUUUAUUAAGAGGCAUCAGGAACGUUAUUUCUCCGCAUUCAAGUCUGUAGUGAUAUCUAUGCAGUUCCAGGGUCAUUACAGCAUCACGGUUUUACGGUUGCCUUUUUAAAAAUACAUUUCUGUGCGUUUGUUUCCUCAUAACUCUUUUUCUCAGCAUGGAUCACCGUCACAUGGGGUAGCGACACUGUUUGUCUCGCAAUCCGUUCAUCUUUGAUUUUGGAAGUCAUGCGACAUGAGAUUUUCAACACCUCAGAGGGUCAAAAUAAUUUCAGGGCACACAGUCAUGGUCACGUGUAGAUUUCAUAGAUAUAGAUGUCAUUGUGAAACGGUGUUGAAGUUAAGUUUAGAUUUCUACCGUAAUUCCGUUAAUUAUCUUGAGCACAGAAUAACAUCACAGUUGUACGCUGUUUCUAGAAAAAAAAAAAAAGUUCCUAACUUUACGGUCAUAUGACUUAUGAAUUAUGCUCAAGAGAGCCUUGCACAAGCACUACGGAUGCGGUAGCUCAGUGGUAACGGUGUUGAACUGCUGAUCGGAAGGUUGUGAUUUUGAACCCCGGGUCCACCAAACUGCCACUGCUGGGCCCUUGAGCAAGGCCCUUAACACUCAGUUGUUUACUAGGGAUCUUAUCCUCCUUAUCCUCUGUGCGAAUAGACAUUUAUUUUCAGCUUGCGUAAUGUUAAAUGUCUGAUACUUCAAUCGCCGUGAAAUCGUGAUGUUCGUAGACUCACCUAGUACAGACAACAUCUUAGCACUGCACCACAUUGUCAUCACACCAGCGCUGGACUCCCUGAUGCGGCUCUGCGUGCUGGACGUGCUGAUAAAACAGGUCAAUUAUCGCUUGUGCUUCAGCGCUCGUGUCUGUUAGUAGCAUGAGAUUGAGGUGUUUGUGUCUACUGUCCAUGAGCAAUAGCAUUUCACAGGAUGGAGUUUCAUAUUCCACUACUGUAGUAUAAUAUGCCACGUGUUCUCACCCAUUUGUAUUCUUUUCUAGACAUUUUUAGUGAAUGAAAUCCAUUUUAUAGUUCAAAUCCUGCUCUGAUACAUAACAUAUUCAUCAUACCAGUUGCUUUUAUAGUGAGAGGUAUUAAGAUUUUUUUUUUAAACAUUGUUUAUUGUGAAAUAGCUUUUUUUUUGCAUUCCAGCACACACACACACACCAUUUUGUUCUGUAUAAAGAUUUAUCUGCCAUGCAGCUGUUCAGUCUGAGUCCGAUGCCUCAAAUAAAAUUUGAAGUCAACAGA